AUGGCUCCGCUCUCCCCACGAGAUCUGGGCUUGGGUCACAUCCUCGCCAGAGCCCUCGCCUCACCCACGCUCUCACUCCCUCCGACCUUGGUAGCCCGACAAAACACAGAGACCGUCACAGUCAUCGCGACCAGCGAUGGCGGCAACAAUGGAACAACGCUGAGCGGUGGCGCAAUUGCCGGAAUCGUCAUUGGUUCCAUUGUUGGGACUCUUCUUAUUCUCUGGAUCAUUCGCUCGUGUUUCAACCUCGGCGCGCCGCCUCAGGAGCGGGAGAAAUGGUACCACUACAAGGAGGACAAGCCUCCUCGGAGACACUCGCAUAAUCAUCGCUCUCAAAGCAGACGGUCACAUCGAUCGAGUAUAUCUGCGCCUCCUCCUAUUGUUGUUCGCGACUCGAGGUCUCGCAGUCAUCGCCGUGGGCGGUCGCCGGGGCAUUAUGGAUCGGAUCGUGGGACCCGGUAUUACGUCUGA